UUAUUGGUUCUCUGAGAGUUGCGGAGCAGAGACGACCUUUUAUCUAGAGAAUAGUGCCGCGUAGUGCGCAGGCGUGUUCAGUGUUGUAAUAUUAAAACUAAAAACAUGGAAUAAAACGGAGGAAACAUAUCUGUUCAGAAAAAUGGGAAAUACACUUUCUGAACCUAUCACCACGAAGGAGACAACAUCACUGCAGAAUAGUUCGGUAAUGGUAGCUUCGAGUUCCAUGCAGGGAUGGAGGGUAUCCAUGGAAGACGCCCAUCAACACAUUCUUGAACUCUCUCCUGAAGACCCUAAAGCGUCAUAUUACGCAGUAUUUGACGGUCAUGGUGGAGCUAAAAUAGCUAAAUACGCUUCUAUUCACCUACACAGGAUCAUAGUGAACAGACCGGAGUAUAAAACCGGCGAUAUUUCGACAGCAAUUAAAGAGGGCUUUCUUGAAAAUGAUAGAAACAUGAAGGCCUCGCCCGAUCUCAUGAACGAAAUGGCAGGGUGUACUUCCAACGUAGUACUUAUUAAAGAUGGUGUCUUGUAUUGUGGAAAUGCCGGGGAUUCUCGGUGUAUUGCCGGUGUCGGCGGAACGGCGGUUGCCCUGUCGACCGACCAUAAACCAAAUGAUCCGGCGGAAAAGCAGAGGAUAACGGAAGCGGGUGGAUUUGUGGAAUUUAACCGAGUUAACGGAAAUCUAGCACUUUCCCGGGCCUUGGGUGAUUUCGUGUUUAAAAUGAACGAUGAUUUGGACCAGGUAAACUCACUUAAUACUGAGCCAAAGUACGACCCUGAGAGAAAACAUAUGGAUAAAGCUAACCGAAAGUACGACCCUGAGAGAAAAUAUAUGGAUAAAACUAACCGAAAGUACGACCCUGAGAGAAAACAUAUGGAUAAAGCUAACCGAAAGUAUGACCCUGAGAGAAAAUAUAUGGAUAAAGCUAACCGAAAGUAUGACCCUGAGAGAAAACAUAUGGAUAAAACUAACCGAAAGUACGACCCUGAGAGAAAAUAUAUGGAUAAAGCUUACCGAAAGUACGACCCUGAGAGAAAAUAUAUGGUUAAAGCUAACCGAAAGUAUGACCCUGAGAGAAAAUAUAUGGUUAAAGCUAAUAGAAAGUAUGACCCUGAGAGAAAAUAUAUGGUUAAAGCUAACCGAAAGUACGACCCUGAGAGAAAAUAUAUGGUUAAAGCUAACCGAAAGUAUGACCCUGAGAGAAAACAUAUGGAUAAAACUAACCGAAAGUACGACCGUGAGAGAAAAUAUAUGGAUAAAACUAACCGAAAGUAUGACCCUGAGAGAAAACAUAUGGAUAAAGCUAACCGAAAGUAUGACCCUGAGAGAAAAUAUAUGGAUAAAGCUAACCGAAAGUACGACCCUGAGAGAAAAUAUAUGGAUAAAACUAACCGAAAUUGCAGAUGCUUGGCACCAGACUGUCAAGUUGGAGGAUUAGGCUGUGACAAUAUGACCGUUGUUAUUGUCUGUUUCUUGAAUAAUAAACCCUGGAGUAGUCUGGUUGAACGCUGCUCCAUCAUCUCCUCGUCCUCAACCCAGUCCUCACAUGAGGCUCCGGAGAUAGACGAGGAUACGAGAAGUUUAGUCGCGACCGCAGAAGAUAUUAGUCUAGGACGGGUUCCUAAUCUGGAGAAAUAAACACGCGUGGAUUUUUGCGUAAUUUCAAUGAAUUGUGUUGCGUCAACACUUUGGUGAAUUAUGAACUCAACCACAACACUUUUCAACUCAAUGUUUGUCAGUAAUUAAUAAUGUUUUGUCCAAAGCUGACAAUGGACGCUAAAUAUGCUUGGAAGUCAAUGUGGAAAUAUUUUAAAGAAUUGUUUUUUAUAUAGAAGAAGGCUUUCUUGGAGGACGAAUUGCUCUGUAAAGCCUUUUAUCCUUAUUGAUGAAAAUGCGAAAUAUUAAAUAACUAUUUUAUUUUAAUCUUGAUCUGACUUAAUGAAUUAUUAUACCAAAUUCUAGUCUAUUUUUCCUUAAAUAUCUAUGAAAACAAAUGGCCCACGACUCAUGAAAUAAAGCAUCUAUGAAUUC